AUGUCAAAACCAGAACCAGAUAACCAUACUCGGGGAUACUGGAUUCAAAGCCGGGUUGAAGACUGCACUGAUGCUGGAUACAAGAUAGAGGAAACUUUCUCCAGAGAUAUCAUCCAAACCUUCCCAUCGUGGACGAUGGAUGCGAUGGACCAAAAAUUGAUGACACCCACCCUACUUUUGAAGUCUGGUAGUGCGUUUCGUGCUCGAACCGCUCGGUUGACUUACGUCCACGGGUGGUGCGAAAUACCAACGACACAAGAAGCGGAACCAAGUGCAGGUAUUGCAACAGGCUGUACGAAGAUACAAACGAGGUGGUUUCACGGCCUCACGGUGGCAUGCACGCACGGUACCGUCGCGAGGGCCUUUGAGCCGAGUUCAUCGGCGCCGCCAUGUCGAGAUCGACCGGACGGCGUGGCAGAGUUUGGUUGUGGCAGACUUGUCGUGGUUCAGUGUUGGGCGGCGCAGGUCACAGACAGCGACGAUGCCGUGGUACGGCAUGGUGCACCGGGGCAGAAGCAAGGUGAAUGUGCUAUCGUAAAAGCAGUUACAGUCGCGCGACGGACAGGGCUGGCAAAUGCCCGAAACAAAAGAAAGUUAUUUUGGUGUGCCUGGUGGUGGGGAUCGACAUCAGCGAGGGUCGAGCCCACCAAACCAAGCCCUGAAGGCACGCCUGCACUGUGCAAGCCUGUUAGGAGUACGAGCGGAUCGUCCCUUACAUCACACACAGGCUGUGGCAGGGCAUUCACAACCGGCGUCCUCGCUCGUUCCCACCUGCCUUCACAUUCACAUUCCUCCCCUUCGCCGUCCCUGACCAGACCUGACAUCGCAUUCACACCCACCCGCUCCAACGUUCGCGCCAAGAGCUACCCGUCGCCCCAUCCAGCCCGCCCAUCAAUAUGCAGCCCAACCGACCGUGCAGCCAGACUCCCGUAUUCAGAUAGCACGCAUUAUCGCUAUCACGCACACACACGCACACGUCACGCCCGCGCCGCCCAACGCGACGGCCGCGACUCAACGCUCAACUGCAUUUCUUUUCGACAGUCGCCGCUGCCCUGGCGCCCGCUCUCUCGCAGCUCCAUGUGGCUGUUUGGGCGAAGACGCAGAAAGGCCGCUAAGUUCAAAGACGGACCCACUGAGGUUACAGACAGGAAGCGGCCUGUCGCAGAGCAAACCAACACGAUUCAGACCAGCAAUGGACCGCGACGAGGGCCCAGCCAGCGCCAGCGCCGCAGAAGGGGUAGUUCACGCUCCACUACCGCCUCGAUGCGCGACGUUGAAAAGUCGCUUCCCGAGCCCGCCUUUGCGAAAGAGUGGCCCCCGUCGAGCGCCGAAGACAUCACCGCCCUGCCCAACCAGCACCGCCUUGCUCACAGCCCGCACCUGCGCCCAAUAACGCAGGAACACGCCGGCAUCCCCUACAACUUCCACUCCUCGCACUCCCACCAAAGCCUGCCGCCCUCUGCAAAGGACCGUGGCAAGCUCCAGCGACCCCAGUCCAUGCGCAGGGAUCCGCCUACUGACUCUUCCCUGGUCCGCCGCAAGUCGAGCAAGAGGCGAAAAGAACAUGAUCACGUCCGCGAGGAGGAGAUCCGCGCCAUGUCAUUCCCCAUGCCUCAGAAACGUCCCGCUGCCAACUCUGGAGGCAUGCUCCGCCGCGACAGCAAGAAGGUCAAGGGCGCCCUGAACCACCGCUUCGAGCGUCCCACGUCCAACGUAUCGCUUCCCCUCGAAAACUCCAUCCAUUCAUCCAUGUCGGGCAAUUCAGAGAACCGUGCCUUCCGCGUGAGUGCACUCGACAUGUUCUCACCACGGCCAACCAUCCGCGUCUCCGUCGGCUCCAACCACUACGGCAGUGACCGCAUGUCACCAAACACCUACAGCGAAAAGUCCACACGUCGACCCAUCAGCAGCAGUGCAGACGAGAAGGCGAGCAGGAGGACGAGCCGCAUCGAUGACCUCGCCGACGAACUCGAUGCCGGUGCCCUACGCGAUAUUCUAGAACGAGACAAGAGACGGAGAGAAAAGAAGGCCAAGGCUGACCAGGAGCGGUUACGGAGAAGAUUAGAACGUCGUGCAGAGAAACAGAAUGCCAUUGAAGCAAGAGGAACGCCUGCCACUCCCCGCAAGGAGGGUACAGGCAUGGUUGGUCUUGGUAUUGAGCGAGAGGCGCCUGCUCCCAUGGAAGACGUCCGCCCAUCUACACCACCUCAGCCGCAGCGGCUGAACAUGCCUGUCACGCCUCGUACUAAUGACAACACCCAGCUGCCGACACCGCUGGAAAGCCCUACUGAAGAGCCUGUAGUAUCUAAUGCUCGGGAAAUUCGUUACUCAAAAGGCAGUGCUUCCGCACACGUACACACCCGCGGCCCAUCCAACGCCUCGAUUCUACCCGAGCUCAUCUCGGAGAAGCUCGCGAACGAUAUGCCUGUAGACUCUAUUGAGCAUGGACCCGAUCCCACUCGAAGCGGCUCGCUGCAUCCCAUUGACACCACCGAUACCUUUGCCACUUCAAAGCCGGGCUCUUCUACACGCCGGCGUAGCUCAGAGGGCAGACGCAUGGGUGUAUUUGCAUCACUAUUCCGACGAGGGAAGCGCAACUCGCAAGAACAAGCACGACCCACGCCAUCCGAGAUCUCCUUUUCCAACACUUCGCGCGAGUCCAUGUCUCGCCAACCUCUCCCAGCUCAUUUGGUUGGAACUGCACCUCCUACUCAACCUAUUCAAAUUCGGAGACCUUCCAGCGUACCCCGACGGACAAUGUCCAAAUUCAGAGAGGAUCUCCCAGAAUUUCCUCUAUCACCCCCAGAUUCACGCGUGCAGUCACCAGAAGUCCCCUCGACGAGCAUCAUUGCUGCCCGCCGAAGAAGCCAACAUCUUUCAGACCUUCAGGUUGGGUCGCUUCCCGGAGAUCGAUCUGAUUCUCCUGUCAGUCCGGGUGCACCCAUCAACGUCAUGUCACAAUCGCUCGCCUCAGUCGACUCCGAGGGAUCUUGGCUCUCUGGCCGACCACCAAAGCGAUCGUCAAACAGAUCGCAGAUGCGCUCCAGUCUGACGUCUUCUGCCCCGCUACGGAACGACGAUUUCAAUGCGUCCUACGAGGAGUUGGGCAUGGCCGAUGAUGAAUACUUCAAGAGAUUGACCCCGCUGCCAGACCACAGAGGCCGAUCCCCUUAUGCAAGCGACGAUCGGGGACGCAAGGCUAGCAGCACGCUUAUGACGCUAGAUGCUGCGGCUGAGUCCGACGAGGAGGUUGCGCCUCCAUCCGAAGACCUGCCACCUGCUCAAGAAGGAGAAUUCGUCCAGAACAGUGUCGGUCGUCAGCCUACCAUUAUCCACCGCCGGCCCCGCGUCAAGUCUACUGAAGGUCUCCUCAGCAUGUUUCUAGACGACACGGAGGAUACAUCAUCCAAAGUUGCCGAUGUUGGGCAAGAGUCACCAGACUCGGGUUCACCAACUUCGCCAACGUCGGAGGAACCAGUGCUGGUACAGCGCGCUAAGAGCGUCGAUCUCGGUAAAGGCCAUGGUCACGUUCGUCACCUCAGCGCUGGUUCCGCAAGACUUCUAGAUAUCCAGAAGCGAUCGGGUACACCAGUACACGGCCGGUCGCCCAGGAUGUCUGAGCAGGAUGUACAUGACAGCCAAGUUUGCCCCGUUGUUGUCUUCGUUGGCCGUAUCCGGUAUUGGAGGCUGUACACAGGAGGCAUGUUGCCGUCGCCUUGCCUAACGAAGAAGGCAGACCCUGGUGGGGCAAAUCGGGCGGUCGGGCAAGCACGUCAUCUAUCAUGGCAGCCCCUCUGCGGCGCAAGUAAACCCUACUCCGUCGACCAUCCCAAAUACACACAAAUCCUUGAUAUUGUAAGUAACGCCUUCCCUAUCUCCGCUCACAUUUCCCGGCAUCUCUACGAGUCUUCGAUUUGCGCAGGGACUCGAACGGCUUUGCCGAAAAAUAAGCGCAUCAGAAUUGUUAUCGGCAACGGCGGCCAGUUCAGUCCAUCAGCCGAGUUCUUUGAAAUCGCCCUUCCCCUGCUGUCUAACCACGCUUCUACAUAUACUAUGUUCGCGCCGUCGUCUUUCAGAGCUACCAGAACACUGCUCACAUCUGCGCGCCUGCAAACAGCUAUCAACCCCACAUCCACCGCAAACCUCUACCGACCACUCUUCACCCAGAAGUUCUUUCACAACACCGCCAAAAUGAGCGAAGACCACAAGGGCGUACACAACCUCAAGAACAAGGAGCAGUUCGAGGAGGUCAUGGCAGUCAAGGACAGCCUCAUGGUCGUCGACUGCUUCGCGACAUGGUGCGGCCCUUGUAAAGUGAUCGCUCCCCAGGUCGUCAAGUUCUCUGAGAAGUACCCCAACGCGCGCUUCUACAAGCUCGAUGUCGACGAAGCCUCCGACGUUGCAGGUGACCUCGGUAUCCGCGCCAUGCCUACCUUCAUCCUUUUCAAGAACGGAACCAAGGUCGCCGAGGUCGUUGGCGCCAACCCCAAGGCUCUCGAGACCGCUAUCCAGAACAACAUCGAUGCAUAG